CCUAAUUUUCAAGAAACUGGUAAUUAAAAUUCUGACCACCUUUUUUUAAUGAGCAGUAAUUAUUUUAAAUGAAGUUACAUUAAUAUUUGAUUCAUUACUUUCUGCUACCCUCUCUCUCUGCUCUGAUAAUCAGGCAGAGAGAGUGUCAGUAAUUAUUAUUUCUUCUGUCUUGUUUCUUUUCUUCUGAUGCUCAUUUUCAUACCUAAUCUCAAUAGUCUCUCUCUCUCUCUCUCAUUUCUCUCCCUGCUGCUACUUGCCAUCACUCUGUACUACACUUCCCCUUUACCUUUACUCCUUAAAUACUUUUUACUGUUUUUAGUAACAGUACUAUUGAUGUUCACUUCACAUAACAUUCACACAUUAUUAUAGUACACUCAUAUGUGUGAUAUAUAUGUGUAGUAGAAGGAGUGCAUUCAGUGACAUUAACUCUGUUAAGAGUAAAAAAGUGUAAGCAAGAUUUCUGAGAACAAAAUGGAUGGUGCUAAGAGGGAAACUUCCACAGUUCCAUCACUGCCACCCCCUCUCCCUAAAUCUCCUCCACCUUAUCCUGAUUUGUAUGGGAAGAGGCGUGAGCUAGCUAGAGUUCAAAUGCUGGAGAGAGAGAUUGGCUUUCUUGAGGAGGAAUUAAAAACUGUUGGACGCAUUCAACCUGCUUCUCGUUCCUGUAAAGAGGUUACCGAUUUUGUGAUGGCAAAUUCAGAUCCUCUAGUCACUAAAAGCCGGAAAAUUCGUAAGUCUCGCCGCUUCUGGAAAUGGCUCUGUGGGAAGUCUUGCUUCAACCUAUCAUGGAUGUGCUGCUGUUGUGGAUGCUGUCCUCAUCUUAGAAGACCAGACUGCUGCUCCUGCUCCUGUGAUAUAUGUAAUUGCAACCCAUGUGCUUGUUGCUCUAUACCGAAGUGUCCAAGUUGCCCUAGUUGCGCUAGUUGCUCAAAUUCCUGCUGGUCAUGCUGCUGCUGGCCGUGCUCCUGUUUAAAAUGCUCUAAAAAGGGGUCGUGCUGCAAUUGUUGCGAAUGCGAAGGCCCUUCUUGCCCAGAUUGCUCGUGCUCCUGCACUUGUUCUUGCAACAAGUGCAGCACAUGCUGUUGUCCACCUAGAUGUCCGAAGGUACCACGAUGUUCUUGUAUAAAAAACUGUUGCUAUUCCUGCUGUUUAUGCUUCUAGCAAACCUAGAACCAAGAAUUCUAAUAUCCUACCUGCAUAAAAAUAGAAAGAUCAUGUACAUUUUUCAUUUUGAUUUCUGUUAAUUAGUUUGGAGGUGAUGUCCAAUCUACCUUUCUAAACAUGUUGCUGAUUCAUUCAGAAAUGUGUCCUUGUGUGGCUGAACUGAACCAAAUAUUGUACUGUAAACUAUACAAAGGGACUGAUUGAGAAAGUAAUAAAACCAUCAAAUUCAUUUGAUUGAA